GCGCUCUCACUGCGGCGAGGGGGGUCAGUGACAGACGCAUCGCUGCUGAGCGACUGAAGCAACAUGAGCUCCGCCGAAUCUCGUCUGGCUGCGCGCACAGAAUGACGCUCUCCGCCUGAAUCCCGUCAGCGCCCAGAUGGACGACGAGCGCAAGCAGCACAAGAUCAUCUCGUUCCUGUUCUAUCAGGCGGUGCGGGACCUGAAGCCCGUGUGGAUGCUCGAGGACAUGCGCACCAUGGAGACGUUUUACUGGGAGGAGGACGCCAAGCAGAGGACGUACAGCCCGUCCGAGGCGCUGCUCUACGCGAUCGUACACGACCACCGGGCGUACGCGCAGUUCCUGCUGAGCCAGUAUGCGCACGAGGCGCUGGCCAUGCCCGGGGAUCGCUUCUGCUGCUGCCCGUCCUCCGCGCCGCACCUAGCCAUGGCCGUGCGCUACGACAGGCGGGACAUACUGGGCCACAUUCUGCAGGUGGCGCAUCGGCAGCCGGGCCUGCGCUCCUACAUGAACCGCGGCGGCUGCUUCCACCUGGAGGACGGCAAGACCCCGCUGCACUUGGCCUGCGAGCUGCUGCGCGCGGACGCCGUCAUGCUGCUGCUAGGCAACGGCGCGUCCCCGCAGGCCGUGGACCACAACGGCAUGACGCCGCUCGACGUCAUUCUGCAGCAGCUGUGGGACUCCAAGGUGAAUGUAGGGGCCAAGAAGUCCUGCUUGGACAACCUGCUGAUGUUCAUGCCGGAGAUGCGUUUCAAAAUGAAGAGCUCCCUGCGGAAAGAGCCCGAACGCUGGUCCAAGGUGCUCGGGGAGGACAAGCUCAGCUACCUCAUCGGACGGGACCCGGCGCCGCUCUUCCUCAUCGCUAUGCAGAGGAUCCUGGCGCAGCUGCCGCCCGAGCAGUUCCCCAAGAGCCUGGACAAGCUCCCCAUCCCGGCCUCCCUCAAACCCCUGCCCAAACCCCCCAAGCAGCGCAGCCAUCUCAAAGUGGCCUAGACCGGUUCCGCUAGUGUUUGUCUCGGCAUUAAUUCCGUGUGUGUGUGUCUGUGUGUGUGUGUGUGUGUGUGUUGUGUGUGUGUGUGUGU